AUGACGACCAAGCAGGUCCCCAUUCCGGGCCCAAGGGGCGUCCCGUUCUUGGGAAACAUCUAUGACAUCGAGCCUGAGGUGCCAGUGAACAGCUUCGAGCUGAUGGCCGAUAAUUAUGGCCCAAUCUAUCGAUUAACCACGUUUGGCAGAGCACGAGUAUUCGUCAGCUCCCACGAGUUAGUAGACGAAGUCUGCGACGAGGAACGCUUCAGCAAAAUGGUUUCCGCCGGUCUGCAUGAGAUCCGCAAUGGUGUUCAUGACGGUCUCUUCACAGCGAACUAUCCUGGCGAAGAGAACUGGGCUAUUGCGCAUCGCGUUCUUGUUCCUGCGUUCGGUCCACUGAUGAUUCGCGGCAUGUUUGAUGAAAUGUAUGAUAUUGCCACCCAACUGGUUAUGAAAUGGGCUCGGAUUGGCCCUACAGUUCCUAUUCAGGUUACGGAUGACUUCACACGCUUGACGCUGGAUACCAUCGCUCUUUGUGCUAUGGGCACUCGCUUCAACUCGUUCUAUCAUGAUGAAAUGCACCCAUUCGUUGAGGCAAUGGUUGGUUUGCUGGCCGGGUCUGGAAAUCGGGCUCUUCGGCCUGCUUUGUUUAACAGCCUGCCUACCUCGGAAAACAAUAAGUACUGGAGUGAUAUCGAGUAUUUGCGGAACCUAGCUCGGGAAUUAGUGGAUUCACGGAAGGAGAAUCCUGUCGAGAAGAAGGAUCUUCUCAAUGCGCUUAUCCUGGGCCGCGAUCCGCAGACUGGUCGGGGCAUGACAGAUGAUUCGAUUGUAGACAACAUGAUCACAUUCCUUAUUGCUGGCCACGAGACCACCUCCGGCAUGUUGUCGUUCCUGUUCUACUAUCUCCUCAAGAGCCCGAGCGCAUACAAGAAGGCUCAAGAGGAAGUCGACUGUGUGAUCGGCAAACGCAAGAUCACUGUUGAUGACAUGUCAAAGCUCCCAUAUAUCACCGCCGUGAUGCGCGAGACGUUGCGUCUGAAGCCCACAGCCCCGAUGAUCGCCCUCCACCCCCACCCCACCAAGAACCAGGAAGAUCCUGUCACACUGGGAGGUGGUAAAUAUGUCCUUCAAAAGGACGAGACGAUUGCACUUAUGCUUGGAAAAAUGCAGCGCGACCCGAAAGUCUACGGCCCCGACGCCGACGAGUUCAAGCCAGAGCGGAUGCUUGAUGAAAACUUCGAGAAGCUCCCCAAGAACGCAUGGAAGCCAUUUGGAAAUGGCAUGCGAGGCUGUAUUGGACGGCCGUUUGCAUGGCAGGAGGCUCUCAUUGUGGUUGCGAUUUUGCUGCAGAACUUCAACUUCCAGAUGGACAACCCCAGCUACGACCUCCGCAUCAAGCAGACACUUACCAUCAAGCCCAAGGACUUCCAUAUGAAGGCUACCCUGAGAGAGGGGCUCGACCCUACGCUGCUCAGCACUACGCUCAGUGGCUCUGCUACCGCACCCACAGAGACUGGCGCCGGCAGCCGGGAUCGCAAGCCCAAGGUCGCACCCGUGGAUGGCAAGCUAAAGCCAAUGCACGUCUUCUAUGGCAGCAAUACGGGAACUUGUGAGGCAUUCGCCCGCAGGCUGGCUGACGAUGCUACUGCAUACGGUUACGCUGCGCAGACAAGUUCUUUGGAUUCGGCCAUGCAGAAUAUUCCCAAGAACGACCCUGUCGUCUUUAUCUCAGCUUCAUACGAAGGACAGCCUCCAGAUAACGCGGCUCACUUCUUCCAGUGGCUCAGUGGGCUAAAGGACAAUGAAUUGGAAGGUGUCAACUACGCAGCGUUCGGCUGUGGUCAUCAUGAUUGGUCGUCCACCUUCUACCGUGUCCCUAAGGCCAUCGAUCAACUAGCCAAGAACAAUGGAGCUAACCAGCUCUGUGAGAUUGGUCUCGCCGAUGCAGCAAACUCAGACAUGUUCACUGACUUUGAUGGCUGGGGUGAGACCUCAUUCUGGCCGGCCGUGAUGGCCAAGUUCGGCGGAGCUAGCCCUGAAAACUCUCCCAAGCAGAAGUCUUCGUUGCAGGUCGAAGUGAGCUCGGGUAUGCGUGCAUCCACCCUGGGUCUCCAGCUGGAAGAAGGCUUCGUCAUCGAGAACAAACUCCUUACACCACCCGGAGCCCCAGCCAAACGAAUGGUCAAGUUCAAGCUACCGACAGACAUGAGCUACCAGUGCGGUGAUUACCUCGCAGUCCUACCCGUAAACCCAAGCGCAAUCGUCCGUCGCGCAAUCCGCCGCUUCGACCUCCCCUGGGACGCCGUAAUUAAAAUCCAGAAGCCCUCAGGCUCAACAGCGUCUCCCUCAAUCCCCAUUGACACCCCAAUCUCAGCCUUCGAGCUCCUAUCCACCUACAUCGAACUCUCACAGCCUGCAUCGAAGCGCGAUCUCAACGUCCUAGCCGACGCCGCCAUCUCAGACGCAGAGAUCCAAGCCGAACUACGCUACAUCGCCUCUAGCCCCAGCCGCUUCACCGAAGAAAUCGUCAAGAAGCGCGUCAGCCCACUGGACCUGCUAACCCGUUAUCCAACAAUCAAGCUCCCGAUUGGCGAUUUCCUCGCAAUGCUCCCACCAAUGCGCGUGCGCCAAUACUCCAUCUCAGCAUCACCGCUCCUCGACCCGUCCGAAUGCUCAAUAACCUUCAGCGUACUCAGCGCUCCCGCACUCGCCAACACCGUCCCAGAAGGCAGCGAAAGCAUCGAGCAAUACCUAGGCGUCGCAUCGAACUAUCUAUCCGAGCUCCAAGCCGGCGAACGCGCACACAUCACCGUCCGCCCCUCGCACUCAGGCUUCAAGCCGCCAAUUGACCUCGAAACACCAAUGAUCAUGGCCUGCGCGGGUAGCGGGCUCGCGCCAUUCCGCGGCUUCGUCAUGGACCGCGCGGAGAAAAUCCGCGGCCGUCGCAGCUCGGCUGACUCAGAUGAAUUGCAUGAUAAUGAGGCUUUCAAGCCUGCUAAGGUGGUGCUGUAUAUUGGCUGUCGCACAAAGGGUCAGGAUGAUAUCCACGCUGAUGAACUUGCGGAGUGGGCUGCGCUGGGCGCUGUCGAUGUUCGCUGGGCAUAUAGUCGACCGGCUGAUGGAAGCAAAGGGAAACAUGUUCAGGAUCUCAUGCUUGAUGACCGUGAAGAGCUGGUAAAGCUGUUUGAUGAAGGUGCGAACAUCUAUGUUUGUGGUAGUACUGGUGUUGGUUCUGGUAUUCGCGAGGCUUGCAAGGAGAUGUAUCUUGAGAAGCGGCGUGCGGUGCAUGCUGAACUUAGGGAGAAGGGGGAGACUCCGGCUACUGCUGAGAUUGAGGAGGAUCAGGCUGCUGAGCAGUUCUUUGAUAAUUUGCGGACGAAGGAACGGUAUGCUACUGAUGUGUUUACUUAG